CAUCCCAGGAAUAUUUGAUUAAAAUGUUGAAAAUGAAUGAAAACAACAUAAACAAGAAUUGCAACGUUGCCGCUCCUCCAGGCAAAUCGCAAAAUCAAAAUAAAGGACAUGCAACCAUGAAACAGGUAGUGGAAUCGAAACAGAAUGUAUCAGGGAAAGUCAACAUAGACGGCAACACCUGGAACAACAUUGUGCAGAAGGAGUGCGAUAAGCAACCAGAUAACAAGCCGAAUAAACAUAUACAAACUGUUCACUAUGAUAUCAAUGAAGAAAAUUCGAAUACGACCGCAAGGAAUGAAUGGAAAGUGGUAACUGGGAAACAUUAUACCAAAAAGGGGACAGUUUGUACUGGAAUAAAUGCUCCUAAACAAGAAAACAUUAUGGGUGCACCUCAAAAACGGUGGAUAUAUCUUGGGAGAAUUGCAGGAGAUACUUCGGAGGAAGCCAUCUCCGAAUAUCUAGGUAUCGUGGUCAUGGUGGUGUGGCGGCCGCUGUGAAAAAUUCUCAUAUAGGCAAAUUUGUACCUAGAAACGAUAUAAACCUGAAAUCUGUGGAAAUGGAAAUUGAGGUUUGUGCGAUACAGUCAACUCAAUUAAAAACUAUAAUUAUAGCUCUUUAUCGUAAUCCACAUGGUAAUUUUGAUAUUUUUCUUGAUGUGACUACAUGUAUUUUGGAAUUGAUGGAUAUUUGUGACUAUCGUAUUUUCGUUUUGGGGGACUUUAAUGUGAAUUUUCUUAUAGAUAGCGCUAAUAAAUCUGCGAUCAUUGAUCUUUUCUCUUCAUAUGGACUACGUAAGUUAGUGUCAUCCCCUACUAGAGGUAUUGCAUGUUUGGAUAACAUAUUUACGAACGUUGGGGAAUGUAAGGGUUGUGUGAUUGAUUUGGGCUUCUCAGAUCACAUGGGUGUAGAGACUAAAUUUGCUUGCGAGUCAGAGUCUAAGAGAGCCUGUAAGCUGACUGUAUGUAGGCCACUCACUAGGGUUGGAAUUGAUACUAUGAAAUUUCUGG